UGGUCCCUGAAGUCUGAAAACCUCGCCCCUUUUUCCUUGUGUCCUGCUUUCUGCCUGAGCUGGAAAGGGCUGCCAGAGGAAAGGGACUGACUGGAGGAGAGGCUCUCCAGGGGAACCUCCUUGCCCCGCUUCCUCCUUUGCCUAGACUUAAGAAGGAGCCUUGCAAACAAUCCAGAGCCACCUCUUGCUCUUCUCUGCAUGCAGCUCCUUCCAGUCCAGCCCUUCUGCCCCGGAGGGAAAAGCCCCAGGCAGACUUCUCAGGAAAGAGGUGCCUUCUCCUCCCCAAAAGCGUAUCUUAUGGCAGGAAUCCAGGAUCAAGGUGUUUGACCUGAGUUUCCCACUCUGGCUCCUGUGACCUGCUGCCCCAUCUGUUAGCCAGCUCCCACACUUGUGGGAGGUAGAACAAGAGAGAGGGAAAGAAAGAGAGAGAGGGACAGGCGGAAGAAGAGUCAGUGGGAUUAACAUUAAUCCUACAGCUUUGCUCACUUCCAGCCAGACAAGAACAGCUACCGGUUUAGCAACAGACUCCUUGGUCACUCCUUUAACCUCUACCUAGAAGGGAGACUGGGAUCCCCAUCUACAUCUUUCUUUUUUUCCCUGGGAGACCAGACAGCUAAGAACCAAAUCAGCUUGUUGGCUUCAUGAAAGCUACAGAAGGGAAAUACCAAGGAGUAUCAGGAAGACAGAUGAAAAUUAAGAGUCCCCCUCUCUUCAGGAAACCCAGAAGUUUCUUGACAGGUGAGUCUUGAUUCUUAGUAACCCAGAAGAUAAAGGGCCAAAGAGAAAGACCAGCAAUGGGGACAUUCUGGAGCACAACCACUCACUGACAUCUGUACAUACAGGAAGACAAAUCCAGAGAGGAGUUCCCUUCUUCAGAAAGACAUAUUGUUAAAUUUCUGUGACGGGUUUCCACAAAGGGGCCAGAAGAUGAGUCUUGGGAAGCUACCAGUGAUAGGUUGGGUGUCAGGCUCCCACAGCAAGCGCCGCCUCAAAACAGAGCUGACGCCAGACAUGAUCAGCCCACCACUGGGGGACUUCCGCCACACCAUGCAUGUGGGCCGUGGCGGGGAUGCCUUUGGGGACACUUCCUUCCUGAGGAAUCAUGGUGGUGAGGAUGCCAAGCCCAACAACUUCUUUGCUCGGACCCUGCGACAUGUGCGGAGGAGCCCACUAAGGAACCGGGGAAACCAAAGCAAGGAUGAGGCCUCUUCUAUGCCUCCUGCCAUCUCACCCAUCAUCAAAAAUGCUGUGUCAUUGCCUCAGCUCAAUGAGGGGAGCUACCACAGUGAUGGUCUCGGGGUAAAGUUUGCCUUCAAGAGCACCCCCAACAGCUUUUCUGACUAUGGAUUGGAAUCCGGAUUUUGUACCAUCCCUCGUGUCCCUCGCUCAGAGAAGUGUCAGGAGAGUUCCCACCUGGCUGAAUCAGCAUUGACGCGUUCAGACUCUCUGCUGUCUUUUCGCCUCGACCUCGGUCCAUCCCUCAUGAGUGAGCUCCUCCACGUCAUCAGUUCCACAGGUGACAGCAACCAGGCCAACAGGGAGGAUGAGGAAAAAGAUGGAAGCCAAACGUCAACCAGCAGUGGCACUGUCUCUCCUCUUCCUCUCAAGAGUACCUGGGUGGAAGACUCUGUGUCUUGGAGAUCAGGGUCUCUGCGUGCUAACUGUGAAGAAAGCAGAGCUGGAUCGAGUUUGUGGGGUCAGUCCGGAGCCAGUUCUCCACUGGGCCGUUCACUGUGUACUAAUGGAGAUUCUCAAUCCAUAGAGCUUUCUCAGGAAGGAUCACCCUGUUCUAGAGGGAAGAUCCUAAACUCUGAACUGGGAGCAAUGCCAAAAACGACCCCUUGGCAAGAAUGCCAGGAUGACUGCAACUUGGAAGCAAGAGAAUUCAAGCAGACUUCACAGGCCUUAGCUUGCCAUUAUGGCAUAACAAGCACCUACCAGGUUGGCCAGCAAGAGCAAGAAGAGUCAAGGAGCCAAGCCUCAUGGGAAAGCCCAGAUGCCAACACAUGGCACAUUAAGGAAAGGGUAGCAGAGUGGCAGGAGCACAAAGCUGGGUGGCACCAGAGAAAAGAAGAAGAGGAGGAAGAAGAAGAGGAGGAGGAAUUCUACAGACAUGGGGCAACUGUUGAUAGAGAGGGACUUAGUGAUUCCUUUGAAUAUGUUGAUGAGGAAGAAGAAGAUGAAAUUAAGGUCUGAAAAGCCAUGUGUAACCUCUUGUGUAACCACCCAUGACACUCCCAGUUUUAAAGGGAAUGGUGCAGCUUGCAGACAUUUUGAUGGCUGUGUAAACUUAGAGGGUUCACCUUUUUUGGAAAUGAUAAAGAUGGUAGUAGGCAGGUGAAUGAAGGAGCUAUUUUCUCCCGUUUGCUCCCCCUACCCCUCCUUGUGUUGGGGGUUAAAAGAAUCAGCUGGAAGAAAAAGAGACCCCAUACAAAGCAGCCAUCCAAGGUUCUGGAGAUUCUUUGCAAUACAGCCAGCUCUUAUUGCUUCCUCCUAUACCCCCCAUUGGUUGACUGAGAUUGUCCCUGCAGGUAGUCCCAUGUGUUCCCUAAAAAGCCCAUGAAACUGUCCACAUCUCUAUCAAACAGUUCUAGGAAGGAAAGUACUAUUUUUAUUUUUAAAGGCAGAGCUGGAAGUCUAGGGAGUACAGGAAAAAUAAUUAAAGUAUGAGAAGUGUGUUACUUUCCUAAAGUGACAUUAUCCAGUCAGUUUCCAGGGUGUAAUUCUGUCUUCUGCUUAAUGUUCAGAUCACUAGGGCCAUUCUUUCAGUCAGAUGUCCUUUCACCAAAUGAUCCAAGAUGUACUCUCUCCUCUGCUUACAAGGAAUAGGGGAUUAGGGUUGGAUCUGGCACUGAUCUUUAGGUGCUCCAUCUUUUUUCUCCAUUUGCUGAAAUUAUGAGUUAGGCCAAGAUUGUUCCUUCAGUUUGCACUGCAGUGAAGGAAUUAAAUCUUGAUCUGUUCAAGGGGAGUCUGUUCUGGUCAUUUGGAGAUAAUUCUGGGAAAACUGUCUGCAGAAUUUAGAAAACUGACUAUGUGGUCAACAACUCCCCAAAUCUUCUCACCAGUACAUCCAGCAGCUGUGCUGGCUGGCGUAUUCUGGGAGCUGUAGUCAACAACAAGAACAUUCAAAGUGUUGAGGCUAUUUUGUCUUUCAAUGUGCUUCCAGGAAGCACUCCAGUCACAAUCCUCCCUCUUAUCUUGAAAGUAUAGGAAUCCAGUUCAUUAAAAUAGGAGGCAGAGGGGA